AUGGAAGAACCCUUCAGCUUCUCCUCGGAGUCACUCGCCAAGCCUGAUGAUUUUACACCUCUCCGGCCACGCGUAGCCGCACGCCUUUUAAGCCAUUUCGAGCUCUUCCCGGAACGCGCGGUACCAGUGCUUGAACCUGUCGCCCAAGCUCUUAAGGAGCUCCUUGUUGGUGAACACUCGAGCGUCGAGCUUCGCAUCCUUCGCCAAUGGUACACGAGUCAAUCCGCUGACGAGCGCUCCUCCAGUCGGCGCGAAUACGUUUGGCUUCUGCAGAGUCUUUCGAGCGGCUGCGCGGUUCAUCUCAUCGCGUGCCACUGCUUCUCGUUCAACCACUUCGCGUGCUGCAGUCUCGCGUGCUGCGGCUUAGUGCGUCGAUAUCGCACAACCUCGUUCUUCCACCUCACGCACGCGAAGCUCGACGUCUGCAGCGUUGUGCUGCGCAUGCUGCCACGCGCGACCCGCAAAAAGAUAGAGCGUUUUAAUGCGAGGCUAGUUGCCUGCAGAAACGAGCAGGUCUCCGUUGUAGCUCAUGGCUUGACGUUUGCCGCAGAGCUGAAGUUAAGUACGGUGAAGAUCAUACUGGUACUUUCCCUACGUUGGGGGGGCGGGGUACCAGCGAGACAUCGUGACAUACCUAAUGCCUACGUGAAAGCAAACUAA